AUGGACCCGAGCUCUCCUCCUACCGACUCAGACCACGCUGAUGAGCAGCCCAGACAAGGCCCUGGCGGCCUCGGUCCGGUUGAAGAGCCUGCUGAGCCUCAUGUGCCACAUCCGGAACCUGAAGCAGCCGCAGAGCGGUUUGAAGAGACCGCUGAUGAGGAGGACCCCCCGCCGCCCCAUGCUGAGCAUGAGGCGGCCGGUGAGGCCGUUGUCCCCCAAACACACGCAUUGCCGGACCUGGCUGAUCGGCGAGCGGCUGCGGAUGCCCGCAGACGCGCCUGGGAACAGGCCCUCGCCACUCUGCCUCUCGAGCAUCAAGUUGUGUACCGGAAUAUCGCGGAGGGCGCCCGCAGAAUACUCGAAGAACUGAGCGAGGACCCCAGCCGGGGGCCCGCGAUGUCGUUGGUGGAGAUCGACGAUCUCGGAGUCAGUAUCCGCGAGGUUGAGCGGAUCGCCCCCAGCUUACCCGAGGCAACGCGCGCCCUGCUGAGCACUCUGAUGGAUGAUACGGCCAGCGAGAUCAUGCAACUGCUCCAAGAGCCUGGCUCGGCCCCGAUGACGGCAGACCUUGUGAAUGACCUACUCGAUGACUUGGUUAACACUGACUUGGAAGCUAUCGCAUCAAAUUCCUUCCUCAGGAGCCCCCUCCUGUGCACGGUGUGCUUGGAGGAAUACGUCGAAGGGGUUGCCAUUGUGAUCCUGCCAUGCCAUCCAUCCCACCACUUUCACCGGGAAUGCAUCCAUGACUGGCUCCAGGCGCUUGUUCCCCAACCCUUCACUUGCCCCAUUUGCAGAGCCAUUAUUGUGGAGCACGUGCAAGAACCCUUGUCUCCACGUCACAUAAUAGUCAACGCAUGCAAUUCUGCUUGGAUUUUAUUUCUUGAGAUAUAA